AUGCAGGGCUUACUCACCGUCAGUAAGCCCCCCUCAGGGUCUGGCUUCCAGGCUCGGGGCUCCGGGCCGUCGUCCGCCCGGGGCCCGGGCAACCUGUACCGACCCACCAACCCCCAGGGUGCCGGAGUUCAGAAGACGAGCACACCCCCACCCCCCAUCCGCGUGCGGGCAUCGGCAGCGCAUGUGGAUGCCCAUGGCGCGGCGUCCUACCACACCCCGGCCCACAGGGACGAGGGCUACCAAGGGCCUCGUUCUCUGUCUGUGAACGACUCCCCAUUCCAGUUUAAGUUCCUGCUCCCCGACGCCGUGACGGGGGCUGCUGUUGGGAGGAACGGGUCCACAGUGAACGCCAUAAAGCAGCAGACAGGCACCUUCAUGCAGUUCUGCCGGUACAACAGCGCGACGACCUACCCCACAGAGCGCCUGCUCAUCUUCGCGUCGCCCAGCGUGGCCAGCGCGGCGGCCGCGCUGCGCGUGCUGCUGGACUGCCUGGCCGCCGUCCCCGGUGCGCUGGAGCGCCUGGCGCCUCGCCCCGGCUCGCCCGAGCUGGCGCUGCGCAUCGUCAUCCCCGGGCACUGCGCGGGGGCGGUGAUGGGCCCCGGCGGCGAGACCAUCAAGGCCCUGGGCGCGCGCACCUGCUUCCGCAUGCUGCCCGUGGCCGAGCGGCGAGUGGGCGCACUGCUGGGGCCCGCAGGCGCCCACAUCCGCGCACUCCAGGACGUGCUGCGCGUGCGCAUGGGCGUGGAGGACGGCGCCGACCUGGCCGGGGUCAAGCACGUGUCCUUCUGGGGGCCGGUGGAGAACGUGGACGUGGCCAUGCGCGCCCUGUCCGCUGUGAUUGAGUUGAUGCCCGCGGGCAGGAGUUAG